UUCAUAUUUCGUUCUCCUUUAAUGGCUAAGUGGAUCAGAGUGGAGUUGGUAUAUAAGAGGUAGGGCUGAGUAGCAGUGAGAGUAGAAAAGAAAUGGAGGGAGAAGAUUACAAAUACCAUAGAAUACAAGACGCCCUCACUUCCAUUAACCAAAAAGUCAGUCUCUUCGGUUCCGUUAUCGAGAUCGGCUUACCAAGGAAAACCAGAGGCACCGAUUGGGUUUGCACUCUCAAAAUAAUAGACGACUCGUUUUGCAAAAAUGGGCUCACAGUUAAUAUGUUCUCUUCCACUGUGGAAAUGCUUCCUCGUAUACUAUCUCUCGGUGAUAUUAUUCAGCUCUCUCGUGUUCUGAUCAAGAGUCAUCAUGGAGAAGCCAAUGCAGUUUUUAACAAGUCCUACUCUUGGUUUGCUUUAUAUGAAGCAAAAAUUGAUGGAGACUUUCUUCCUUAUCAAUGCUCCCCAAAAUAUAAUCCAAGAGACGAUAACUUUAAUUAUGUUUCGGCCUUGAGAAAAUGGCUUGCUGACUUUCGUCUUGAUGAUGGUUCAGAUAGCUUCAUUUUCUUGCGAGAGAUGAAAGAAAGAGAACAAGCUACUUUAGCUUGCAAAGUGCUUCACAUAUGCAAAGUUUCUGAAAAACAAUGGAUGGUGCUUCUAUGGGAUGGGACUGAUUCUCCACCAAAUAAGAUAGACUCAAAAUUGGAGAAUAAAUGGGAAAAGCCAUUUCCCUUACAAGUGGAGCCCCUUCCGUUGGCGAGAGAUAUAUCAUGUACAUUUCCAGCUGUUGGUACGAUAUUACGGGUUAUGAUUGACCAAGAAAAUGAGAAGCAUGUCCUACAUUUACUGAAUAUCGGCAAAUGGGUGAAGUUUCUCAGCAUACUUUGUGAAGUGCACGUAGGAUUGUGGCGUGGUGUGUUGACGCCCUUCACAAAGCUACGUUAUAUUUCAAAUGAGAGUCCAAUUGCUUUAGCAUGCCAGAAGUCUUCCGACGCCCGAUUGUCAUCAAGGUCUAGGCGCAUCCCAUAUUGGUGCUUUGCUUGGCAUUCAAGUGUUACAGAGAUUGAUUAUGACGGUACGACUUUUGUCACAUUAAUGGAUGUUCUAACCCAUUCACAGGUAACAGCUAAAUUCAAGUGUAUAGUUCGGGCAGUGGCUGCAUUUCCAUGGGAAGUAGAGGAUUAUUGCAAUUCUGAUGGAACUUAUGGGAUCAGACUGACCAUCGAGGAUCCAACUGCCAGAAUCCAUGCUUAUAUAUAUGCAGAAGAUGGGGAGGAGUUUUUUGGUGGUCAUCCUUCCAUUGAUGUACUGAGAAACAAGAGAAACACGUUGCUUGGCGUAGCUGUAAACGACGAGGGAAAGGAAGUUACGGGCGCUCCCAGAAAUCCUCCAUGGAUAGAAUGUUGCAUAAAAUCUUAUUAUAUUGAUAUAAAUAAUAAGUGGGGAAGCAGGCAUUUUAGAAUUUUUGCCACCAAGCAUGUAGCCUAAGUAGCAUUUUGUUUUAUUUUUGUAGCAUUCAGAAUGUCAUAUCCGUUAAUCUCAGGCAGACAGUUUUAGUAGGAGUUUUCUCAGCAUGACAAUUUGUAUAUUAAUAUUAUUAUUAUGUCAUAUCAGUUGAUGA